AAAAUUUAUUCUAAAUACUUUGAAGCAUUUUUGCGUUAUUACUACUUAUAAAAACAGAUGAUUUUAUCCACAAUCACAGAAAAUACAAACGAAAUUAACCAUGCUAUCUCAGUGCGUUCUUCUUCUCGCUUUCUGCGGCAUGUCCCUAGCCCACUUGGGUUACAUGGGUGAAAGCCACUAUCCAGUCUUUGAGCACCAUGCUCCCAAGCCUUACAAAUUCGGAUACAGCAUCACGGAUAAACAUGGUGAACAACACAGAGAAGAAUCCGGAACCGGAGGACACGUAAUUGGUAGCUACGGAUUCACUGAUGCCCGAGGUAUCAAAAGACAAGUGAACUACAUCGCUGACAAAGCCGGUUUCAGAGCCAAGGUCAAGACCAACGAACCAGGCACCGCCAAUCAAAACCCAGCUGCCGUUCAACUCAUUUCUGAUGCCCCUUACACCGGUGGUGAAGGAUAUUUGGGUGUCCCUGCAGCAGCAGCUGGUUAUGGUCUUGGUGGUCUAGGUUACAGUUAUGGAGGUUUUGGAGCAGGUUACGGUGGCCUCGGAUAUGGUGGAGCUUAUGGUGGAUAUGGAAAUCUUGGAUAUGGAGGAGCUUAUGGUGGAUAUGGUGGCUAUGGUUUGGGUAUCUUAGGAGGCUUGGGCUAUGCCAGAUAUGGAUAUUAAAUUUUGUAAAAAAAAAUAAUAAUAAUAGCAUAAAAAUAAAUUAUUUUGUGAAACAA